UAUCUAUAAAUACAGAAAGAACAAGAAAAAUAUUGAAAUUAGUAGUAGAAAAUUACUGAAUUAGCAGAAGCAAAUAUUAUUCAGAGUUUUGGAAAAAUUAAAUCAAAGCAAGAAAAUGUCUGAAAAUUCUCCAGCUCCUGUAGACGAUGCCAACAAUAAUGUAGCCGAUGCUGUGGAACCUCUACAGGAAGAAAAAGGGCAAGUAACGCAGCAACAACAAAGUAAUGAGCUCUUGGACAUCGUUUUUACCUUAGAGAGUGAAAAACAGGCACUUGUAGAGGAGUCACGGAAACGAAUAUCUGCGAUUCGUAAGGAAUUAGAGCAAAGUCUUAAUGAAAAUGAGCAACUCAAACGUAAGAAUACGCAGUUAGAACAAUCACUGAAACAAUCGGUUAUGUUGGGUGGCGUGGACGCACCCAAAUCGCGACAAGAGCAGGAAGAAUUAUUGUUAAAGGCGAAAACUUUGCUCUUUGAAAAGACGAAAGUGUGCAAACAGCAGGAACAACAAAUAGAAGUGCUAAAGACACAGGUGGAUGCAAUGAAGGAUGUGGUACAGGUGACUAAAGACAUGUUGAAUUUGAAAAAUGCCGAAUGCGAUCACAUGCAAGUGCGCUUGGAGAAAUCGCAACAAUGGAUUAAGGCGGAGAAAGAUAAGUGUACCAUAACUGAGAAGAAAUUGGAUAUUUCAAAAGGAGUUUACGAUAAACUACGAGCCGAAUAUGAUAUACAAUCGAAAAUAUUUAAGGAUUUGAAAGAAGUUUAUGAGCAAAAAAUACAGGUGCUUAGCGCAGCACUGGAGGAGGCUAAGAAAAAAUAGUUACUUUAGUAAUAAACUUCAAUUACAAGUGUACAUCAUUAGAGUUCUACAUAAUUAUUCCCCCCCAUAACAAAAAAAAUCGCAACGUAUU